AUGACUUUUUAUGUAAAGGACAAUCAAUAUCGUAGGAAAAAUGUGUAUGUGCCUGGACGAGACUCUUUAAUUGAUGAAGUAAUGAGAGGAUGGGAAUCGAAAUAUUGUGCAUUUUCCAAUGCAACCAUAUGUAUUACAACAUUUAAUGUUAAUGGAAAAAUUCCCACUCAAGCUUUACCAAAAUGGUUUCCUGAAGGGAAACUAUCGGAUUUCUAUGCUGUAGGUCUUCAAGAAAUGGAUUUAUCAGUAGGAACUUAUAUUAUUGAUAACAACAAAAAGAGAGAUGAGUGGCUAGCGUGUAUACGCAAGUCAUUGCCAGGGGAGGGUAUUAAUUUUGAAUUGAUAUCUUCUGAGCGCCUUGUUGGUAUCUUCAUCGUUUUGUUUAAAAAUCGAGCUUCUACUGUUCGUACCUCAAAUGUAUCAACUAAUUUGAUUCCAACAGGCAUCUCUACUGGUAUAUCUAAGUUGGGAAACAAAGGAGGGACUGCGAUUUCCCUCAAGCUCAAUGAUACCAAUGUCUGCUUUGUUAACUGCCAUUUAGCUGCAGGAAACUCCGAAGUUGAUAAAAGAAACCAAGACUUCAGAGAGAUAUCGCAACUGUCAUUCAAUAACAGUCUCUCUUUAUAUGAUCACGAUGUUGUUUUUUGGUUUGGUGAUUUGAACUAUCGGAUCAACAAUGAACCUCUGGGUUUAACUGGAAAUGAGGUCAGAGAAAUAGCGUCGAGCGAACACUUCCUGAGAUUAUUCGAGUACGAUCAGUUGAAAGAACAACAGUCGCUGAACAAAUGCUUUGUGGGCUUUCAAGAGCCCGAACAGUUAACCUUCCGUCCAACAUACAAAUACGAUCCAGGCACCUGCACUUGGGAUACAAGCGAGAAGGCUCGUGCUCCAGCCUGGUGUGAUCGCGUUCUCUAUUGGACACGUGCCCAAGAGUAUAAAAUUCAGCAAGCGUUUUAUGAUAGUGUUCCCGAGAUCACUGUCAGUGACCACAAGCCUGUGCGAGCUGGGUUCAACCUAGUUCUCAAACAAAUCGAUCAGGCGAAAGCUGACCGUCUCUAUGACGAGGCUAUCCGUGAAGCCGAUCGUCGCGCAAAUGAGAAUUUGCCUCAAGUUGAACUUAGUGAACGAGAAGUGGACUUUGGGGAAGUUUACUUCCUGGAGCCUGUAUGUCGUUUAGUCACAAUCAAAAACACUGGAAAAAGCCCGGUUCAUUUCAAAUUUAUGGUACGGGAUGAUAGUCACAUAAGCGCUAAUUGGCUUCAAGUUACUCCUCCUAGCUAUCUGAUUCCAUGUGGACACUCCACACAGAUAUCAUUAACAGUAGUUGUUGACAAGAAAAUAUCCUGGGAGUUGGCCGAGCCUGACCUCCAAGAUAUUCUUGUCAUGAGUCUUGAGCAUGGAAGGGACUAUUUUAUUCCAGUCACGGCGAAAUACUACCCAAAAACCUUCGGUGUGACAUUGGAAAGACUUAUGACAAAUAGCAACUCAAUUUUAAUCGAUUUCAAUGACUCGGGUGAGGCGGCAAUUCCAGAUAACGUUCCUCGCGAGUUCUACCGAUUAGUUACUGCUUUGCAAACUCUAGGAGUAGAUAAUCUUGAUGUAGUUGAUGGAAUACUCAAGAAUCAAACUUUCAUCCGUGUGCGCAAUGCUCUUGAGCUUGAUAAUCCUAAAGAUUUGACCAAAUUAGAUGUCACAACUUCCGAGUUUUACAAUGUGCUCAUUCGUUUAGUGGAUUCGUUAAGAUUUCCCUUGAUUCCCGAAAUUUUCCGGGACGGUUUCAAACAAUCCUGCCAUGAACCUGGACGUUUAUGGUCCAUAGUUGUGAAGAGUUUACCUGCCAUCAAUUCUGCAGUCUUGGAGUACUUGUUGACAUAUCUAACACAAGUAUUCCGAGCCAAGCCAUCAGGCGAAGAUUUCCUAUCUGUUUGGGCUGAUAUUCUAUUCCGUGACCGCGGUUCUCAACCCGUUGGUAAUCGUCUUGUUUCAGUGUCCAACUCAGAUCCUCGGAUAAUUGCCUUACGUACUUUAUGUGCCUAUGAUAAGCAAGUAGUCAUGCCAUAG